AUGUAUGCCCGGUGUCUUUCCUCUCGUCUCACAACGACACCGUGUUGUAGUAGCACAAUACGGGGCAAUGCGACACUUCCCUCGCUGAAUUUAUAUAGUUUUCGGCGGAGAAUUGCAGAGCGGUUAUCUAAUAAGUACAAUGAGAAAAGAGUUCAUGAAAUCGGACCAGAUCUCGCUUGUCUCGAAUGGUUAAUGGAGUGUGGAUCGACGAGUGUUCGAAUGUCAGAUGGUCAAAUAAUCACAAGGCAACGAGAAAUGCGUGAAUAUAUUCCACAUGCUCUCGCAGAAAAACCGUCGAUGGAGAAUCCGCCGGCUAUUCAAACCGGUGAUAUCAGCUAUGAGAAGCAGUGGCCGAAUGCUCCGUACACGUGGAUUGUCGACGUGGACGCCAGUGAUUCGGCGGUCGCAAACGAGGGAUUCACUUAUUUGAGAGAUGUUCGGAGAAUAGAAAAACUAAAAUUCAACUUUUGUGAUUAUUUUGGUGAUGAGGGAUUGAAGUUUCUGGCUCAAGGAAGACCCGCGCAAACGCUGACUGAUCUGGAAAUCGUGUUGAAUCCGUGUAUAACCGACGGUGCAGUAUAUUGGCUGCUGAAAAUGAAGGCACUCCGGCGAGCACAUUUCUACUUUCUUCCUUAUGUUGCACAUCGACAAGGAUUCAUUCGACAGCUGAAAAUCGCUCUGCCUAGAUGUAAUGUCACGUUUCCAGAAGUGGAUACAAUUGGAUUCGGUUAUGAAGAUGCGAAGAAGACGAAGAGGAAAUGA